UCAGGCGGUGCCUGCUCCUCCCCUGCUCCUCCUCCCCACAGGUGUGUCUCCUGGCCAGUGGCUGCGGGUAUCACUCCCUGCUCAGACACCCAGGAGAUCACCCACUCCGCAGCCCCAGCCAGCCCGAAGCAGACCAGACAAGUGUCCCGCGAUGGAAGCCGCAGACGCCUCCAGGAGCAACGGGGCCAGCCCGGAAGCCAGGGACGCCCGCAGCCCCUCUGGCUCCCACGCUGGUCUGGAGAAUGGCACCAAGGCCGAGGGCAAGGACCCCAAGACCACUAAUGGCCACGGCGGGGAGGCAACCGAAAGCAAGAGCCUGGGCAGCGCCCUGAAGGCAGGGGAGGGGAAGAGCGCCCUGUUUUCCGGCAAUGAGUGGCGGCGACCCAUCAUCCAGUUCGUGGAGUCGGUGGAUGACAAGGGCUCCAACUACUUCAGCAUGGACUCCGCGGAAGGCAGGAGGUCGCCCUACGCGGGGCUCCAGCUGGGGAUCAAGAAGCCGCCCGUCACCUUUGCCGAGAAGGGGGAGCUGCGCAAGUCCAUCUUCUCGGAGUCCCGCAAGCCUUCAGUGUCCAUUGUGGAGCCCGGCGAGGCCCGGCGGAACAGCUACCCUCGGGCCGACUCCAGCCUCCUGCUGCGAUCCAAGGCCGGCUCCGAGGAGGUGCUGUGCGACUCCUGCAUAGGUAAUAAGCAGAAGGCCGUCAAAUCCUGCCUGGUGUGCCAGGCCUCCUUCUGCGAGCUGCACCUCAAGCCCCACCUGGAGGGCGCUGCUUUCCGCGACCACCAGCUGCUCGAGCCCAUCCGAGACUUCGAGGCCCGCAAGUGCCCCCUGCACGGCAAGACCAUGGAGCUCUUCUGCCAAACCGACCAGACCUGCAUCUGCUACCUCUGCAUGUUCCAGGAGCACAAGAACCACAGCACUGUGACGGUGGAAGAGGCCAAGGCUGAGAAGGAGACGGAGCUGUCACUACAAAAGGAACAGCUGCAGCUCAAGAUCAUCGAGAUCGAGGAUGAAGUUGAGAAGUGGCAGAAGGAGAAGGACCGCAUCAAGAGCUUUACCACCAAUGAGAAGGCCACCCUGGAACAGAACUUUCGGGACCUGGUGCGGGACCUGGAGAAACAGAAGGAGGAAGUAAGGGCUGCACUGGAGCAGAGGGAGCAGGAUGCUGUGGACCAAAUUAAGAUUAUUGUGGAUGCUCUGGAUGAGAGGGCCAAGGUGCUGCAUGAGGACAAGCAGACUCGGGAACAGCUACACAGCAUCAGUGACUCAGUGCUGUUUUUGCAGGAAUUUGGGGCAUUGAUGAGCAAUUACACUUUCCCCCCACCCCUGCCCACCUACCAUGUCCUGCUGGAAGGUGAGGGCCUGGGACAGUCCCUUGGCAACUGCAAGGAUGACCUGCUCAAUGUGUGCAUGCGCCACGUAGAGAAGAUGUGCAAAGCUGAUCUAAGCCGUAACUUCAUUGAGAGGAACCACAUGGAGAACGGUGGUGACCACCGCUACAUGAACAGCUACACAAACAGCUUCGGGAAUGAGUGGAGUACGCCUGACACCUUGAAGAGAUACUCUAUGUACCUCACUCCCAAGGGUGGGGCCCGCACCUCCUAUCAGCCAUCAUCUCCUGGCCGUCUCUCCAAGGAGACCAACCAGAAGAAUUUCAGCAACCUCUAUGGCACCAAAGGUAACUAUACCUCUCGGGUCUGGGAGUAUUCUUCCUCCAUCCAGAGCUCGGACGAUCUGCCCCAGGUCCAAGGCAGCUCCUCCUUCUCCCUCAAAGGCACUGGGAAAGUCCCCUAUCAGUUCACCACCUUGGGACAGGCCACUGCAGAGUUUUCCAAGCCACUGGACCACAGUGGGCUAUUUAACAAUAACCCUGGCUAUCCCUCCCUCAUCCGGAGCCAGGCCCCCAAGGCCCAGCCCCAGACUUGGAAAUCUGGGAAGCAGACUCUGCUGUCUCACUACCGGCCUUUCUACGUCAACAAAGGCAACGGGAUCGGGUCCAACGAGGCCCCCUGAGCUCUGGCAGGAGGGACCGAGGCACAACAGCUCCCACCCUGCCCGCCUCACACUUCCUCAGCUGCUGUGCUCUGGGUGGGAGCAGGUGCACCUAACCUGCCCUCCACUGCUGGCCAUGCUCCAUCCAGACUAUUUUCCUGCUUGGUGACUUCUUGUGGUCACCUUUGUUCCUACACUCAGGGGCUAACCUAGGGCAGUGCUAAGAGGCAGGUGGGCUUCUCCCAAAGCCUCCCACCCUCCUCUCGGGGGCUGGGUCACUGGGUCCUUCAUGGUGUCAGCCUGCCCUCCUGCCCAUGUCCUUUGGUCUCUGCACCUGGUGACCACUCCUCUCUAAGGCCUCAUCCAUCCAGUGUGGACAGGAGGUGCCAGGCCAUUCCUAUUCCCACUCCUGUCAACCCACCUCCUUCUUCCCAGCUAGGCUCUGGAGAGCCCAGCCCUGCCGGAAGAAGACUGGGCCCAUGUGCCCUCAUGGGCCCUGCUCACCACAGCCUAGUCUAGCAGACCUCAGCCUUUGGCCACAGCAGAGGGGGACCUUUCGGUGUCCUGGCCUCACGCUGCCUGUAGUCUACCAUAUUCACUUGGAGUCUGCAGUCCCUGGAGGACAAGCUCUCCUGGCUGGCAGGAUGGUCUUAGCCAAGAUAGCCCUCUUUUCUGCCUGCCAGUAUAAGCAAUUCCCUGGAAAUUAUAUAAGCCACCCCUGAAAAGAGCUACCGGCCCAGCCUCCCUGAGGAAACACCAUUUCCCUGUGGGAUUUUAGUCAUUGUAGAGUCUGGUAUUUGCCCUGGCAAUGGAAAUAGAGCAGGCUGGUGAUCGCCACCACUGUCUGCAAGGCUGCCUCACAUACACACUACCCCACCAGGGACUCUACCUCUCCCCUCUGAUGACAUUCCCUGUCUGUCACAUGUCACAGGGCCUGGAGAGACCACACCAAAAGCAGCCCAGUGGCGUCCUCUCUAACUCCAAGGACCGAUGGGGGCUAUGGAGGUGGUCAGCUUGCAGGGGUGGGAGGGGACUUUGAGCUUGGGCCUUCCCCUCCUCAAUAAACUACUCAUCACUCAC